CUGCAAAAGAAUUUUCAGGUUAUUUCAUUAUUACGGGAUGCAGCUGGACGGGUCGAAGGCGAACCAGCACAAUUGGUGAAAGACGCUGUCAAGGUCUUGUCUUCGCAUGAACUCUACGCGCCGUCGAUCACUCGUUUUCGAGAUACUGAUCGUAUUGCAACGCAGUACUACGACGGACUGAUUCGCCUUCAUCAUCCAAGUCGACAACGAAAGCGAAGCGUCGUGGAUGCCUAUCGCGAUAAGAGAGGAUCACACGGUGAACGACGACGGGUCUCGGCAGAUGUGAAGAACGCUCUUGAAAACGAUUCCGAAUGGAAGUUUGACAUACUGCAACUGGAAAAAGUCACCGAAAAUCAUGCACUCGUUCAGCUUGGGAUCAAGAUUUUCGAGCGAUGGAAGAUGGCCGAUUCGCUGAGCUGCAACGAGGACAUUCUUCAUCGUUGGCUGUACACCGUCGAAGCCCAUUAUCACGCUGGAAACGCCUAUCAUAAUGCUACCCAUGCUGCUGACGUCCUACAGGCUACAUCGUAUUUCCUCGAUUCGCCGACGGUUGCUGCACAUAUCACAGAAAAUCACGCAAUCGCGGCUCUUCUAGCAGCCACCGUCCACGACCUGGAUCAUCCGGGACGGGGAAACGCGUUCCUUAUUAACACUCGACAAUCGCUGGCAGUACUGUACAAUGAUCAUUCGGUACUGGAGAAUCACCAUGUUGCCUUGGCAUUCCAGCUAACUCUUCAGCAAAGCAACAAUGUGAACAUUUUUGGCAGUCUUUCCCGUGAGGAAUUCACCGCUAUUCGACAUGCAAUGGUUGAGAUGGUAUUGGCGACGGAUAUCAGCCGACAUUUCGAGUAUCUCGUCAAGUUCAACAAGAUGAAUGUCGUUGAUGUACCGGAGGAGGCUCGUGAGGAUAACUCGUUAACCAUCUGUAAUAUGCUGGUGAAAUGUGCCGAUAUCUCAAAUCCAACCAGAGAAUGGGCGCUUUGCGAGAAAUGGGCUUAUCGUAUCGUAGAGGAAUAUUUUGACCAAACCCGAGAAGAACGCGAAAAAGGUCUGCCGUGA